AUGAAGGAAAAUGAGCUGUUAAAAGACUACUUCACUAGGCUGUUUGAUGUUGUAAACAAGAUGAAAACAUAUGAUAAGGAACUGCCUAAUGAAAGAAUUGUCCAGAAACUGUUGAUUAGUUUGACUAAACCAUAUGAUUCGAUAAUGAGUGUUAUUGAAGAAACCAAAGACAUUGAAACUCUCAGUGUGCAAGAUGUGAUGACAUCCUUAAGAGCCUUUGGCCAAAGACUCGAGAGGCAUGCUGAUUUUGCACCUGAGAAAGCCUUUCAAUCACUCAAUGUUGCAUCAGUGGAAGGUGCAAAAGUGGAGAAAAACAAUGAAGUGUGGUACGUUGACAGUGGCUGUAGCAAUCACAUGGCUGCACAUGAGUCAUUACUCAUUGACAUUGACACAAACUUCACUGGAAAAGUGAAAAUGAGAAAUGGAAACAUUGUCAAGGCCACUAGAAGAGGAACUCUGGUUAUCAACACUAAGAAAGAAAGAAGAUGCAUAAAGAAGGUGAUGUUAGUGCCAGGACUAGAUGAAAACUUACUUAGUGUGGGUCAAAUGAUAGAGCAUGGGUAUUUCCUACUCUUUGGGGGAACUGUGGUUGAGAUCUAUGAUGACUGA